UCCCCCUUUUUAUUUGGAAACCCCCAACAGGAUAAGUGGGUCUCAUUCCUCUUAUCUAGGGUUUGUUUCUCCCUCAACUGUUCCAUUUCCCCCAAUUUCAUCCCAAUUUUGCCCUAAUUCACUCACUCAUAUGGCCUCUAUUAACCCCACCCGUACCAACAACAAUGAUUCCGACGAUGACGAUGACGUCAGCCACACCGGAAUAUUAUCCGCGUCAGAUCCUUUACUCCGCGAUCCCUCCGCGUAUACAAUCACUCCGGUUCACCACUCGCCGCCGGUUACCGAACCCUUCAAACAAGAGCCACCGGAAAACGAAACUCCGUUACCGAUUGUUCCAAUGACGUCAUCUAACCACCAAUUGACGGUGGCGGUGCCACGGCGGACGUCAAAAGACCGUCACACGAAGGUUGAAGGACGUGGCCGGAGAAUCCGCAUGCCGGCGACGUGUGCUGCUAGAAUAUUCCAGUUAACGCGUGAAUUAGGGCAUAAAUCUGACGGUGAAACGAUCCGGUGGUUGUUGGAGCAUGCUGAACCGGCGAUUAUUGAAGCUACUGGUACCGGAACGGUGCCCGCGAUCGCCGUUAAUGUUAACGGAACGUUGAAGAUUCCGACGACGCCGAGUAACGGUAGUGAAGAACAGGAAGGUGGUGUGAAAAGACGAAAAAGGGCUUGUAAUAGUGAGUUUUAUGAUGUUAAUGAUGAUUCAGCAGGUUCUAAUGUUACCAAUUUUUCCAAUUUUGCCCCUGUGGCUCCGAUUGCUCCAACGGGUUUGGUACCCGUUUGGACCAUGGGUGGUCCGGUCAACGCUGGGGGUGGGUUUUUUGUGAUUCCGCAAAGUGGAGCCGUCGGCUCGGCUUCGGCUCAGCCGCAGCUUUGGGCUAUUCCAGCCGGCGCGACAACUGUGUUUAAUAUGGCGGCUCGGCCUAUUUCGAGCUUUGUGUCGGCUAUGCAGCCGGCUGGUGGGUCUGGAGCCGAGCCGUCCAAUAGCGGUGAAGAAAAGUUGGGGACUGUUUCGACGGCUAUGGCGCCGAGCUCGAGCUCUGUGACAACGGCGGCUACGGCUCAGGCUCAGAUGCUUAGGGAUUUUUCGUUGGAGGUUUAUGAUAAACGGGAGCUUCAGUUUAUGACGGAUGAUAAUCCGUCGAAAACGUCGUCGUAAUGAUGGAUUGUGUUAAGUUUGGUGGUUGAAUUGUUAGUUUUUUGUUGUUAGAUUUUAGAAAUCAUAUGAUGUUUUCGUUUUUGGUUUAUUUUGUAAAUGGAUUUGGGGAAGAAUAUGGUUUCGGUCUAGUGGGUUGCUAAAAGGAAGGAUUUUUAGAAAGUGCAAGUGAUAUUGCAUAAAGUAUAAGCUAAGGUUUUAACUUUGAAGGCAUUUUGUUCUAGAAAGUCAUAUGGAAUGCAAUAAUUUUGAUCUUAGUUUUA